CCUCAAUAUGACAUCAUCGCUGGACAAAGCAGCAAGGAGUGGUUAGUGGGAAAACCGUCCCAUAUCAAUGGAACACACCCGACCACUUUUUUAAAAUAAAUCUUGAACAAACCGUUUGUUAAAAACAAACCGUUAUCUGGUCGCUAGCUGUACUAACGUGUUUUAUCGCGAGAGGAAUCCACCACAUCAGCUUCUGAAGGCAACAUCGACUGUACUGGAAAGACAAAACCACAACUGGACUUUUUAGACUUUUUUUCAUUGUAUUCGCCUUAAGAUGCGUUAUGUCUGAAGAGCUUGCCCUGCCGUCCGAAUCCACACGGGGUGCCAUGCUGUCUCUGCUGCUGUCCGCCAUGCUGGCCAUCCAGGCUUUCGCCCUGAUGGACGUGCAAGUUCCCGAACAGCCCGUGGUGGCGCUCUACGGCCGCGACGCCACCCUCAACUGUUCCUUCAACGCCGCCGGCCCCUUCAACGAGUCGGAUCUGACGGUCUUCUGGCAGCUGACUGAAACGAAGCGCAGCGUGUACGGAUACAGCGAGGGACACGAUCAGCUGGCCGACCAGUCCCACAGCUUCGUCAACCGUACCAGCCUCUUCCCCGCUGAGCUGCGUCUGGGCAACGCUUCCCUACUGCUGAGAAAGGUGGCGGUGGCAGACGAAGGCAGCUACACAUGCUUCGUCAGGGUGCGGGACUACGGCAGGGCUGCUCUGAUUCUGCAGGUGGCCGCCCCUUACUCCAAGCCCGUUGUGACCUUGGAGUCAGCAUCUAACCGUCGGCCCGGCGAUAAAGUGGAGCUAACCUGCGAGGCCUACGGAGGCUACCCAGAAGCCGACGUGAUAUGGCAGGACGGGAGUGGCCGCAACCUGACGGACAACAUCACCACGACGGUGGUGGCCAACGACAAAGGACUGUUCUCUCUGAUGAGCGUGUUGACGGUGGUGCUGGAGCCUAACAGCACAUACAGCUGCCGACUCAUGAACCCUUUGCUGGGGGAGGAGGGGAACGCCUUUGUCACAAUCACAGGUCAAAACAUCUCUUUCCCUCCGGUGGCGUUAUGGGUGACAAUUGGCCUUGCUGUGUGCCUGCUGGUCCUGCUCGUCGCGCUGGCCGCCGUCUGUCGCAGGAAGAUCAAGGAGAGUUGCGAGGAAGCCAGGAGAGAAGCUGAAGAGGCCAAGGAGCUGGAAGAAGACGAGUCAAAGACAGCCAUGACGCCUCUGAAGAGCUAAGGCCAAGAGAACGGGAGUCGCAGCUGGACAGCCAAGGUUGGAGAUAAGUCUGGCGGCUAAAUCCCACACCUACACCUACAGAAUCCAUCAACCUGGCUGGCUAUUUCCAGCGUCCUCUGCAGACUGUCAAGGCGCUCACCUGAGCCCAAGAUGAGUCCAUCAUCAUCUUUCUGAGACGUUCUCUCUCGAGUGUCCAUCAAAACACAUCAUGCGCCAUUAUGUACUCUCUUGCCCUCCCCGUCCUUUUUGUCUGUCUCAAUGGAAGAAGACGAGUGUGAAAGUGUUUCAAUAGGUCCUAUUCAAUGCGCUAUGCAAAUGAGGGAAAAACUCUUUUUCCUUUUUUUUUUUACAUGUCAAGAGAUUUUUUUUGUUUUAAACUUGAAGAGCAACCCUUUGCUCAUUUCAAUCAUCAUCGCCGCCAGACACAAGCCGCCCUCCGCCAUUAGUCCCACACUUGCACUUGCUAAUUAGCGUCUGUCGCCCGGGUAACUGGUAUCUGUCAGUGUCUGCUCCCCUGCUAUCUUGUGGAAACUGGAGGCGAUUGUAAUUGAAUGCCAGCUAAGCUCCGACAAACUGCAAAUGGUGCAUGGGACACACCCUGACAGCCUUAUACGCAUUGUUUUUAAUGACUGCUUGUUCACAGGACCUUGAUCUUCUCAGCAUUAACCAGCAUGGAGGAUGUUUUUUUUUUUAUUGCUUUACAGGUACCCGUACCAAAAGGUCCAAAGAUUGUGCCUACCUUGCAUUAAAGGAACACAAUGAAGCCAAUUGGUCAUUUGUUAUUGUGUGUUCUAACCCCUACUAACCCCUUUAUUAAACCCUCUUUUCUUUUCCUGCAGGGUUAACAUGCCACUUAUCCUUGCAGGAGAACCCGUUCCAUUCUGGGAUGUUGGUUGACCUGAUUUGGUCAAUAUUGGAUUUGGAAAUAAUGGACGUAGAAAUAUUCACAAAUUUAGCAGGUACAGUAGAUCCCAGCCAUAAUGUCGAAAAUCCGUUAGUAAUUGAUGCGCCCGUAAAAAUGUUUAUUGUUGACACACGGCUCACA